AUGAGUUUCAACACAGAAUCCGAAUCCGCCAAGUCGGCCAGUCACUCCAUACACGGAGUAUCUACAGAGCCAGCUGUCUCUCAGGACGCGAAGGCGACGCCACAGACGGGGAACCAGAACCAAAACAUCAUGGCGACCAUUGAGAAUGAUGAUGAUCGCCUCCUUGUGAAAAUCGGGUACACACCGGUGUUGCAAAGGCAUUUCUCACGAUGGUCCACUGUGUCCUAUGCCAUAUCCAUUCUCGGUGUGCUAGGAUCUGUACCAGCAACCUUUGGAGUCCCCAUGAGCUCAGGCGGUCCAGCAACAUGUGUGUGGGCAUGGUUUAUCGGUAGUAUAAUGGCGUACUGCAUCGCCAGUUCAGUCGCCGAGCUAGUAUCCGCCUACCCAACGGCUGGUGGCAUGUACUAUGUCACAAAACACGUGGUGCCCCCAGAGCAUGUCGCCGCGUGGGCGUGGAUCAUUGGUUGGUGUAACUUCCUGGGUCAAGCGGCUGGUGUCGCUAGCCUGGCAUACACAAUCUCUCAGAUGAUCUUGGCUACGGCCGUUAUGCACACGUUCGAUGGAGGCGAGGCUACAUUCACACCGAACGCGCACCAGACUGUGCUUCUCGCCAUCUUCGUCUUGUGCUUGUUUGGCGCUAUUUGCUCUUUCCCUACCAAUUGGCUGCACCGCAUCAUCCUGUGGUUUGCCCCCAUCAACAUCAUUGCAUCCAUCUGCAUUUGCAUCGCGCUACUCAUUCUCACGCCCAACAAGCAAAGCGCGUCCUGGGUCUUCACGACCGUCACCGACGGCUCUGGGUGGGGGAGCAAAGGCUUCUCCUUUCUACUCGGUUUCCUGUCCGUGGCAUGGACAAUGACCGACUACGACGGCACGACCCACAUGUCAGAAGAGACGCACGAUGCUGCCAUCCGUGGACCAGUCGCGAUCCGCGCCGCCAUCCUCGUCUCGGGCAUCACUGGCUGGAUGCUCACCGUUACCUUUUGCUUCUGCAUGUCAGACUACGAGGGCAUCAUGUCGACCCCGACCGGGCUGCCAGUGGCACAGAUCUUCUUCAACGCCGGCGGCAAGACCGGCGGGACGAUUAUGUGGUUCUUCGUGAUGCUGGUGCAGUUUUUCACGGGCUGCAGCGCCAUGCUGGCGAAUGCCAGGAUGGCCUGGGCGUUCUCGAGGGACGCUGCGUUUCCCUUUUCUGGCUUCUGGAGCAAAGUGAAUAGCCGGACUCACACGCCCGUCAACGCCGUGUGGCUCGUCGUAGCCUUCUGCAGCUGCCUGGACCUGAUCGGGAUCGGCUCGACGCUCACCAUAACAGCCAUCUUCAACAUCACCGCCCCAGCGCUCGACAUGUCGUACAUCGCCGUCAUCAUCGCGCACCGAUGGUACGAGGACCGCGUCGUCUUCCACCCGGGACCGUACACCAUGGGCCGGUGGAGCAAGCCCGUCAACGGCGUGGCCGUGACGUGGGUUCUGUUCAUCAGCGCCGUGCUGUUCUUCCCCACGGUCCAUCCGGUCACGUUUUCGAAUAUGAACUACGCCAUCUGCGUCGCUGCGUUUAUUGGCUUGUUCAGUGCCCUCUGGUGGUAUGCGGGUGCGAGGAAAAGCUACACCGGCCCGCGCACGAGCGAUACCAUUAGCGGGCUGCCGCCUGAGGAUCCGGAGGAUAUUCUCAGCGACUACGACGACCGGUAUACGCCGUGA